CGUCGCAAGCCAAACUUUACGUCGCAACAAUUCCACCACCAACACCCCGACAGCGCCUUUCUCCACCGACACGCCCCCCGAAUCACAUCCACCGCGGCCCCGACUCUACACACACCCAAGGCUCCGCCGCCGCAGCCCUCCACAAUGGAUGCGCCUGAGCCCGACACCCCUUUCGCCGCCGUCACGGCGCAAACCUCGAAAUAUGGAAGGAUAUACCAGGCUUACCUCGACAAAUCCACCCCCUUCAUGACCUACCGAUGGGUGGGGACGGCGGCGCUCUUUCUCUUCUUCGCUUUGCGCAUAUUCUUUGCCCAAGGAUGGUACAUUGUGGCUUACUCCCUCGGCAUCUACCUUCUCAACCUCUUCCUCGCCUUCAUCUCCCCAAAGUUCGACCCCUCAUUAGAGCAGGAUGAGGGCAUGGAGGACGGCCAAGCCGGCGGUCUACCCACCAAGGAGGAGGAGGAGUUCAAGCCCUUUGUGAGGCGCCUGCCAGAGUUCAAGUUCUGGUAUUCGACCACCAAGGCCAUCGCCAUCGGCUUCGUGUGCAGUUGGUUCGAGAUCUUCAAUCUGCCCGUUUUCUGGCCCGUUCUCGUAGUAUACUGGCUCAUUCUGUUUAGCCUGACGAUGCGGAGGCAAAUUCAGCACAUGAUUAAGUACCGCUACGUCCCCUUCACCGUCGGCAAGACGCGAUACCCCGGCGCUGCGAAAUGAUCAAUAUCUCCGACAUUAUAUUUUCUCAGCAACUUGAUACGUACGAGUAUUGGUUCUGUGGUUAUAGGGUUAUAUCUCAGUUUGCUGGCUCGGAUUAUAAGCAUAGACAGCGCUUCAAGGUUUCGCUUGGCCUCUGUUUCUCCCUCUAGGGAGCGGCGUCUGCAUCGAAGCAAAAUAUCUAUCUAACUCUGGGAAAUUCGGUGGGUAUGAAUGGUGGUGCAUACGCCCGUAUUCUGGGUGCUAUGACUAUUAAUGGAUCAGAAAUGGUCGUGUAUUAGUCGUCUGAGUACAGUAAUGAAAGAGGAAAAUGGAUAAAGGCACUCGAUGAAAUUCUAUCAAGCCCUCAAGACGUCCAAUUCUUGCUAUUGCAUAUGCGAUAACGCCGGAAUAUUGAAAACACAAGGAACUCCACCUUCAAAUCGCUCA